UGAGUUUCUUUUCACGUGCAUUUUUGAAAACAUGGCUCGACUACGGAGGAGAUCUUGCGUCCUUCUUAUUCUCUUCGGGCUCUUCGUGCUCGGGACUCUGAUGGGAUUAAGGACUCUGAAGCCGAGUGAUGAAUUCUCAGAUCUGGACGUUUUGCCCAUCAAGGGGGCGAAAGUUGACAGGCACGUCGUUGUCAGCGAUGUCCUGUCAUCUGCCGGUCAGGAACGUGUUGUAGCAAGUAACGCAAAACCAGCCGGCUCAAACCCGAGCACUGACAGAGGUGUAUCCUACGACGUUCAUAUAUUUUACUACAGCUGGUAUGGGAACCCGCAGACGGAUGAGAGAUACUUGCAUUGGGACCAUAUUCUGGUGCCACACUGGGACCCAAAAAUCGCCGCCAGUUAUCCGAGAGGAAGGCAUGUUCCCCCUGAAGACAUCGGCUCGAGUUUUUACCCUGAACUGGGGCCGUACAGCUCCAGGGAUCCGGAAGUGCUGGAGUAUCACAUGGAGCAAAUUAGCACGGCAGGGGCAGGUGUGGUGGUUCUGUCCUGGUAUCCUCUGGGUUUGGCUGAUGAUCAUGGGGAGCCUUUUGAAGAUUUGGUACCAUGGAUCUUGGAUGCUGCACUAAGGCACAAUUUAAAAGUGGCGUUUCAUAUCCAGGCCUAUAAAGGAAGGACUAACCAUAGCUUACAUAACAACGUCAAAUACAUCAUUGACAGGUAUGGAGAUCAUGGGGCUUUUUACCGCUUCCGCAUCAGCAAUGGGAAAGUGCUGCCUCUUUUCUAUAUCUACGACUCUUACCUGACUCCUACUGAGGCUUGGGCAGACUUACUAACCUCCACAGGCUUUCACAGUCUGCGUGGAACCCAGUACGAUGGUUUCUUCAUUGCACUCAUUGUGGAUGAGAAACACAAGCAUGACAUCCUUGCUGGAGGAUUUGAUGGGAUGUAUACAUAUUUUGCCUCGAACGGAUUCUCCUAUGGCUCCUCUCAUCAAAACUGGGAGGGCCUCAAGGCCUUUUGUGAUGGUAACAAUCUGCUCUUUGUGCCAUGUGUGGGCCCUGGCUAUAUUGACACCAGUAUACGACCCUGGAACAACCAUAACACUCGCAACAGAGUAAACGGCCGAUAUUACGAAACUGGUCUACAAGCAGCACUGAAUGUGAGGCCUGAGAUCGUUUCCAUCACGUCCUUCAACGAGUGGCAUGAGGGCACACAGAUUGAGAGGGCAGUACCUAAAAAGACCAUAAGGAGGGUGUACCUGGACUACCAGCCACACGAGCCUGAUCUUUAUAUAGAACUAACUAGGACGUGGGUUGAGCAGUUUCGUAAAGAGAAAGAGCGAUGGAAUGUUUGACAUGGAGUUGUUUGGAAUA